AUGAAGCAUGUUCCCGAGGGGCCAGCCAUGUUCUUUUCUGACUCUACCUUGCUCAGGUCUAUGAAAGAUGAGAACUUACGUGCUCAAUGGCCGCCGUCGCUACUCGACACGUCUCCUGGCAGGUAAUUAUUCACGCUUCUUAUGUUUUCCGGUUUUUUUCGUCUUUCUUCCGGUUGCUCUUCAUUUGCAGCUAGAAGUUAAUGCAUGGGAUAUGAGGUGUGGGAGUUGGGGACUUUGGCCAUUCCGGAGUUGGCCAGACGCAGUCCAUCGGAGCAUUUAAUCUGCCAGCCAACUGCCGUUGAUAUGUCUCUCGUGGGUGCAGGUCCCCAGGUCCCUGUGCAGGCGAUGCGACGGACGGCUCACAAACCAUAAUGAGUUUGGUGGUCGUUGUCGGUCGGCCGACGCUUUCCGCAUUCCUUUUCAUCUCGAAACAACUUUCUAGCCUGUCCUGCUUAUUCUCGCUCAGACCAAAUUAAUUUUGAAAUGCGGUAUGCAAAAAAUCAUUUCUUCCAGAACUCUUUCAACCAUCCGAGCUGCUUUCUCAAUGUUUGCCAGUUGAAUGUUCAGAAAAUUCUACAUGAAAAGAAACUUUCCAUUUGAGCUAUGAAAUUGAAAGAAGUGUGUUUGAUUCUUUUUUUUCCACUUACAGAACUGCCAUCAGAACUCGCUGAAAUUAGAACAAAAAAUAAUGAUUUCGGAUUUUACUACUUUUGUUCUAUUACAAUACUUUUUUUUUCAUCCAUGCUCGUUUUUUUUUUGGUAACUUUUCUCAUGUUUUCUCAACGAGGAAAAAACCGAAGAUUCGAAUUCUCCAUAAAUAAUUUGAUGUGUCAUCUUGAUAGUUUAAUUAGUUUCUAUUGCAUUAAAUUUUUUUAUACUGGUUGGAGGAUAUUGAAACCUCAUCAAGUAGUUUUACUCCAUUCCUAUAUUUUUUUCAACGAUUCGCGAAGAAGUUCAAUUUUCAUAUUAAUGUUUAAUAUAACAAUAAUAAUUUUUCUAGUAAUUAUACCUUACAAGAAAUACUUUUAGAAGUCGUUCAGAUGUUUCUCGGCUUUUUGUGUAGCCAUAAAUUGAUAUCGUAUUUUGAUAGUUCAAAAAAGUUUUCCUCAUUUCGUUCAAGCUUAGUGGUCCGUCGAUCGCUUUGACACCACGCGACAAUGAGAAAUUUCACGCAAUUUCCAGAGUGAGGAACUUUUUUGAUGUCUCUCUGGCACGAAUUAUGGUUGAAAUUGAACUAGUUUAAGAAUUUAAAAUAACACUUUGUUUUUAGAAGGAAUUUGGGUCUGUCGUAGCUUCUUUAAGCCCAUGAAAGCUCUACAAAUGUUUUCUUUCUUCCUUUUAUUGACAGUUUUUGAUAUUUUCUGUGCACACGACCUGACCUUUUUACAGUUUCAGCUCGCAGCUCUCGCGUGCUCAUUUCGAGAAGCAUCCGCCAAAUAACUUGCGAAAGUCCAACUUUUUCCACUUCGUCAUUGCCCUGUACGACCGGGCCAACCAGCCAAUAGAAGUUGAACGAACCCAGUUCGCUGGCUUCAUUGAAAAAGAAAAAGAAGUGGAUGGACAAGAAACCCGCAAUGGAAUUCACUAUAAACUGUACCUCAUCUACCAAAAUGGUGAGUUUGUGUUUUUCGAUUUUAAAACAUGCUCUCACAUUUUUUUUUUCAUUGAGUUGAAUAUCAUUUCAGGACUUCGAAUGGAACAAGACUUGUACGUACGGUUGAUCGACAGCGUUUCGAAACAGGUCAGGCACCUCAUUUUUCGAAGCUUCAAUCAACUUCUAGCCAUUGUUGAAAAGUUCCUCAAACACGCUGUAUAAUGUAGUUUUAAUGUCUUGGUGGUCCAAUUUUUAGAAAUCUUUGAUUAAACUAACAAUGAAUUAAAUUAGGAGCUUUGAAAUUUUUUUAAAAAAAUUUUUUUGAAUUUUGUGUUUUGAAAGUGGAUUCUACCAAUUCAACAGUUGUAAACUUUUAUCCUUAUUUGAUUAAAAAAAUCAAUACGAAUUUUUUUGAAAAAAAUUGGAUACUCUCAUCAUUAAAUUCUUUGAGCAAAAACUUCUUUCAAACUACUAUUUUUUUUAAUCAAGUGUCAAAGAUUUCUUGGGUUUUGAGCUUCUUUUCAUAUUCUUCGCAUAAAUCCUGUUGGAUUCAAUCCAAACUUUUGUGGUUGGGUGACAAGACGUUUCGCCAAAUUGCAAAAUCGCUUGUCAUGUCGUCCGACCAAAACGAAUCGAAAGAGGCAAAAGCUUCCAAGUUUUUCGAAGCCGCCAAAUCCUCCGCAUCAAUCCAACUACGGUAGCCCAAUCAAUGGGCCUUCUUGGAGCUAGAAGCUCGAGCAUGCGCUUUCCCAUUCAUCAUUUUUAUCUCGACGCUCGAAAUUUUCGCGCCGCCUGCUUGUUGAGCUUCGAAAUUCUGUGUGGUUUGAUCUAUCGCCGUGAUGGCUACGGUGGAAAAGUCGAAAGUGUCGCAAAAAGAAAAAGACUGAAAUUCCAGAAACAUUUCAUUCCAGGGGCAAAAUUAACGUCUUUCAAAACUUUUGUAUUGGAAGAAACUUGAUAAAAAAAAGCUAUGGGUUUAGAGAAUAUUUUUUAGAACAAUGCAAGGCGAAAGAGACCCAAACUAAAUUUACUUGAAAAAAACUGAAAAAAUUCGAAAUCUCCUGACUGUACCUGUUCUCUAACUCAUGUAAUCGAAGAGUGUUUGAGCGUAGUUCCAAAAAUAAGAAAAAUAAUAGUUCUCACUGAAAUUAUUUCCAUUUUUAGCCUUAUUUGCAGUUUAUCACAUAAAUAAGAGAAAUCUAGGGAAACUAAGAAUUAAAGAAUAUUCGAACUUUCAGGCGAUCACUUAUGAAGGACAAGACAAGAACCCCGAAAUGUGCAGAGUUUUGCUCACACACGAAGUCAUGUGCAGGUUUUUUUAAUUCACCACUGAGAUUAAAACAGAAUAUUUUUCAGCCGAUGUUGUGAGAAGAAAAGCUGCGGCAACCGGAAUGAAACACCAAGCGAUCCGGUUAUCAUCGAUAGGUGAGUUUUUUGAAAAUUGGGUCUUUUUUGGAGCAGCCAAUCGGCAGGAAUGGAACAGCUGGCUGCCGCGCAUGCCCCAAUAGUAUUGCGCCAUUACAACGGUCGCCGUAAAACGGAAUGCGCGGAGAUGUCCGCGUGCAAUCGAGCUGAUUGGCUUUUUGGCCCCCGCGUUUCUUACAUGCCAUUGACCUUUGCAGGGUCUUAGAAGUCUUUUAGCCAGGCUUCAUUGAUCAAACAAUUUCAAAAAGGCUCAAAAAAUUGAAACUCAAACUUUGAAAAGCACCGAACUCGAAACCCGAUGCGGAUGAAAUAUUUCAUUCGAUAAAAAAACUUUGAAAAAUAAGUUUCGUCAUUUCUAUGAAAGUUUUAAGACUUAUCUUGUGUGGUUAUCAUGAUAGGAAAGCUUGAGCCAGAUUUUUAUUUGAAAAUUGUAAUUUCGGUUAUACUGUCUCGAUCACCAAGUAGCUUACUAGAAGUUGUUCUCAAUAAGAGACAAAACCCAUGAAAAUUUUCAACCCGCGCCCCUACGUUGAGUUUUUAAGAAUCUGAGUAAUCUGUAUGCGAAUAUUUGAAAAGGAGGUCAGUUAAAAAAAAAAGUUGAAAAAACAUUUCUUUUUAUGUUUAAGUGGUUUACAUGAAGUUCAAAAGUCAUCUAAGCGGUAGUUUUUCGCGGACCAAAAAGGUAGGAACACUUGAGAAACGGCUUUUCCGGGACGCAGCAAACAAUUACAAGAGUCCUUGCGAUCGAAUUACUCGCGAAGAUGAGUUGUAAUCAUGUAAUUGGCGGUUUCAACGCGAGCGAUCCUUUUAAGGCUUUUCGUUGGCAAGUGCGGCAUUAGCCGUCUGUCACUUAUUACUUGUUCUUGAAAACUAGGGAAAAGAGAGACAUCAAAAUGAAAGCUUUUUUACAGGUUUUUUCUCAAGUUUUUCCUGAAAUGCAACCAGAACUGCUUGAAAAAUGCCGGGAAUCCCCGAGACAUGCGACGUUUCCAAGUAAGUUCUCUAAGUCAUUCAAAUAUUCUAAGCUGAUCUUCCAUCCUAAGCCGUUUGCUCAUAAAAUUUUGUGCUUGGGAUCAAUGAGUAUUUGGGAAAAACGAAAAUCCUAGGUAUGAAUGAAAUUUUGUUAAAAAAUGUUCUUUGAAGAAGUCCUAGUUGUAAUUUGUAAUUUAAAAGAAAAAUUUUCAUUUCAAAAGAAAUCAGUUUUUCAGUUUACGAAUGAAUAAAGUUCAGAGAAUUCAUACUCCUUUAUUUCUCAAUAAUGCGUCUUGGAAUGAUACUUGUUGACAUAAUGAAAAGUUUGAAAGGAUCAUUAGAGACUUGAACUAUUUUUUGGGAUUUGCCUUUUAAGGGCAUUAAGUGAGCUCGUUGCUUCAAAGAAGCCAAGUAUCUGUUGGUCAGCUCAACAGGUGGCCGACUGUCUUGACGCCUAUUGUGUUCGCUUUGACCUUGUCAUAUUCCCGAAAAGGCGUCGCGGAUGAUAAGUCAUGCGACGAAAAGAAGCGGCCAACUGUCGGAAGCAGUCAGCAAAUAGUUGUAAAACGAACCGCAGCCUUAUGUUGCUGACGAUUGUGGCCAAUUUGCAAUUUGGGUGCCGUUACAGUAAAAUGAAGCUCUUCUGAAGACCUUCUAGUUAAUUCGAGCAAUCAAGUUGGUUAGGACUUUGAAGGAAGAUAAAAGGGUUUUGAGCUAUUUUGAAAUGCUGACGAAAUUGAUCGUAGUCGUGACUCCUUUCAGGUAGUACUCAGUUCAUCCGCCAGAAUCGAUGGUCCACUUCUUGCAGUAUCAGAAAACAUGUUCGUUCACAACAACUCGAAACAUGGUCGACGGACAAAAAAACCAGAUGCUUCAGAUGGUAAGUUGUUUUUUCAGAGACCUUCAUCCGAGUAUCUCGAAUUUUCAAACUUUUGGUUAAUAAUUUUUGUUCAUAGUCUUGUUUCAAGGGUGUAGCUUUAUUCCAUUUGCUGCUGAUUCUCAGCAACAUUCCAAACGAACAAUUAUUAAGGCACAGCGUAAUUGAGCCUGUUAUACUUGCUCAUUAACCUCUCACCCUCCGCAAUAUCUCUCAGCCACACAUUUUUUACUGCUCUUCCCCAACACUAUAACUCUGACCUGCAAUAUUAUACAAAGUUCACACGAAUUUCUGUUUUCGACUUGAAUCCAUGUCAAUCUUGUAAAAAAAAAGUAGAACUCACAUAAAAUAUUCAAACUCAAAAACUUUCCGAAACUACGAAAAAUAGCGCGAACGAGGUGUUUUUUUAAAAAUAACUUUGAAGAUUUGUUGGUCAAGAAUUGUUCAUGAACAUUUAUUCAAAAGUGCUGCAACGCGAAUUGAAAUCUUUUUUUUUUGGUUUACCGUAUUUCAAAAAAAAAAAACACGAAAUUCAUAAGCUAAAAACAGAACAAUUCUCCUAAACGGCAACAGUUUCCAAACAAGAUGAAUGCAUUUGCCUGGUGUAGUGCUUGGGUGUCAUUCCUCGUGUUAUCUUGAUUUCCGGCGUUCAGCUGCGCCUAUCAUAAGCAUAAUUGGACGCAUCUAUAAAAACGUCACGUAUGCAAAUGAGAAACGUCGCGCCAGCAGCCGGCUGCGAGACCAUUUUCCGGAUGUCUUCACCAAACGUUUCUUAGAAAAUAAAAACAAGACUGAGUUUUGGGGCCCGUUUCCAUGAGAAGCAAUAAAUACACAGCGUUAUGGAUCAUAUUCAGAAUUCUCCGAAGUGGCAGAUAUUGCCGUCGGUGCAACUCCGGUGAUCAAGGCAUUAUGUCCAAGCGAAGGAUGGGUACAAGGAGGAACCCAAGUAAAGAUCUUUUUUUUUUUCCAUGUAAAAAUCAAUCUUCUAAGGUCGUCAUCGUUGGUGAGAACUUUUUUUGAAGGUCUACAAGUUGCGUUCGGUUCGACAACUGUUUGGAGCGACGUAAGUUGAACUAUUUUUCUUGAUUUUCUCAAAUAAAGAAAAAUUUUUAAUUAUAUCUCUUCAAAAAAUUUAUGAUGGCGAAUCGAUAAGAUCUGCAAGUACUGGACGAAAGUUUUGAAAAUUCAAACGGCCAAACAUUAUUCUUGCUCAGAAGCGAAUUAUUCAACUUUUUCAUGAAAUUAAUUUUGGACAUCACACAUUGGGAGCUUUUUCUUUAUGAAAUAGGUAAAUCUGAAGGCGUAGAUUUCCACACUUUUUUUUAUCGAUACAUCAGACAAUGGUGGGCUGUAGCGCAAAAAGUUGUGUCCCUGUCUACGGUCCACAGGGUUCAAGUUCAAUCUCUGCCUUGACCCAACCAAAGUGUUUGAGAAAUUUUGGUAGUGGGAAACCACGACUUCAAGUUUUCGAUGCGUCACACACAGGGCCACUUUAUUGCUGGUAUCAGGAUAGGACCUCAGCUAAUCGACUUGGAGCGCCGAAGCCGCUCAAGCCGUACAAAGGCGUAGGAAGAAGAAGAAAAGACACUAGUUGACACAAUUUUCCAGAAAAACUCCACGAAAAAUAAAAAAAAAGUCGAUUGAGAAUUUUGAUAAGAAAUGAAACUUUGUUUGUCUUUUUGGAUUUUGAAGUUUGUAGGCGGUCCAAGUGAUGACACCUCAUGCAAUGAGAGUGACGACUCCGCCACGACACAAUGCAGGCGUCGUCGAAGUAACUCUGCAGUACAAGAACAAGCAGUUUUCUCGUGGAGCACCCAUUCGUUUUGCUUACGUUUGUGAGUUUUUCUGAUGACUCUGUUCCGUAAGUUUAAGGACUGGAAAAAUCUGAUUGGAUUGCAGCGUUGACAGAACCGAGUAUCGACUUUGGUUUUGCGAGGCUGCAGAAAUUGCUCCCAAAAUACCCUGGCGAUCCUGAACGGUUACCCAAAGACUUGAUUUUGAAAAGAGCUGCUGAACUGGCCGAGGCCUUGUACAACAGGUUAGUUUUGGAGGAGUUACUUUUUUGUAUGAAGAUGGAAAUGCUAGAAAUGAUAGUUCUUCAGAGCUCCAGCCGAUCAACUGUCAAACUAUGCAUCUGCAUAUUCUGCACAGUUUGAUGCCAGUUCAGGUUUCAAGUGAUCCAAAAAAUUUUCACACAGAAAGAAAUGUUCAGAAUAUUCGAGCAGAACUCAUACUUCCCCUCGGUCUUUGACCUAUGGAGCUGGUCCUCAAGCCAUACCGUCGGCAGUUUAUCCAACAAGUUAUCCGGCCGUUAGUGCCAGCCCGGCGACAAAUUUUCUCAAUGCUCAAACAGGUAAUUGGAUGAAAUUAAACAGAGCGGUCAAUGUGAAAAAUUCAGGAUUUUCCCCGUUCGGAGCAGUCAAUCCGUUUGCCGCCACUUUGCAGUCCUCAACGAGACUUUCGUAG